GAAACCAAAACUAAAAACAUAGUCCCGUUGUUAAGGCAACAAUGACCAACACCUGAUCAGCUGAUCUGAGUAACUUGUUUUGAGUUUUGACUUUAGAACGACAAGAUCCCGGCCUGGUGUUCAAAACACAAAAACAUACCAGGGUUUUCCUCCAGAAGACUGGACAGCUCACCAGAAUCUAACUAGAUAGCUGCCUGCUACCAGCACCUUUGGGGCACUAGAGGCUGUGGCACCACAGCAUGCAAGUACCUCAAUUCCCAACAAGAACAAGACUUCAAGCUAUCGGAUGUUCGUCUGAAAGUCCAUCUCCAAGACUAGUGGCACUGUAUAACUGGCCUCUAAGACAUGUUUCGAGAUACACUGCAAAAAAAACUUGUAAAAUAGGGGUGCAUCUUAUGCAGAGGUGCAUCUGAUACGCUUGCAAAUAUGAUCCAUCCCCUCCCACUCCUAAGCCUACGUCAUCACAGUGGUCCUUUUGGUCACAAGGAUUCCACCAUGAAGCUGUAGGGAAUCCUGCUAAGAAGAAUGCACAGGUGCCAUUGCAGGAUCUCAAAUGGUGAUGGAAGCUUGUGAUAUAUGGAAAAUGGAGAAUCAACAGAAGACCUACCUGCUACUGGGAUGUGCAUUGUUCAUCUCGAUGGUCUACUGGUCUUCCCCUUAUGAGACCCAUCAUGCUUCUAUUACAAUGGACCAACGUCCAAGCUUUGUCCUGAUCCUCACGGAUGACCAGGAUGUGGUGUUGGAAGGAUUGCGGCCCAUGCAGCACACCAAAAAGCUUGUAGCACAACAAGGGCUCACCCUCACCAAUGCUUUUGUUGCCAGCCCCCUUUGUUGUCCAAGCAGGUCUAGCAUCCUGACAGGCCAAUAUGUCCACAAUCACUAUGCCAUCAACAACUCCUUGAGUGGACAGUGCAACGGACAACGCUGGAGGGAUGGUCCAGAAAAGAAGACAUUUGCUGCCCACCUGCACUAUGCUGGCUACCAAACACUCUAUGCUGGCAAGUAUCUCAACCAGUAUGGACAUGCUGCAGCCGGGGGGCUCAGUCAUGUGCCCCCUGGUUGGGAUUGGUGGCUUGGGCUGGAGGGCAACUCACGGUACUAUAAUUACUCCCUUUCUGUGAAUGGGUCAAAGGAAACCCAUGGUUCUCACCCAGAUCAUGACUACCUCACUAAAGUCAUCUGGCAGUAUGCACUGGAUUUUCUGGCUCAGCUUUCAACUCAUCCCUUUCUUAUGGUACUGGCACCUCCAGCUCCCCAUGCUCCCUUCAUCCCAGAACCAAAGUAUGCUACCAAUUUCUCUUCUAUCAAGGCACCUCGAACCCCCAAUUUUAAUGUGAAGGUGAGCAAAGAAAAGCACUGGCUACUGCGACAAGGAAAGCAAAUCUUACCAGAUGAAGUAGUGGUGAAAAUAGAUAGAGUGUUCCAAGCUCGACUACGCACUCUUCUAACAGUAGAUGACAUGGUGAAGGAUGUGGUGGAGAAACUGGAAGCUCUCAAUCGUCUGGACAACACCUUUGUCAUCUUCACUUCUGACAAUGGCUAUCACCUUGGCCAGUUCUCUCAGCCAUUAGAUAAGCGAGAACCUUAUGAAACAGAUAUACGGGUGCCUCUCAUAAUGCGUGGCCCUGAUAUUCCUAAAGGCCAUCUCCUUUCCUACCCUACAACCAAUGUUGAUUUAGCCCCAACACUCCUAGACUUAGCUAGUCUGCCUAUCCCCAAAUAUAUGGAUGGUACUUCCCUAAAACCUAUCCUUACCCACUCAGUGGCCAAUUAUGACCAAACUCAGAAUGAGGUCAGGGAGGUGGGCAGACAUGACCCCAAGCAGUUGCGACGAACAGUCCUAGUGGAACACAAUGGAGAGGGUGCAGUGAAGCAUCCAGGCUGUGAGAACCUUUCAUCAGGUGUCAGUGGCUGCAAUCCAGACUUUGCUUGCAAAUGUGAGGACUCUUGGAACAACACCUAUGCUUGCUUGCGCCAGCUGAGCCCUCAUGAAGAUCGCCUUUUCUGUCAAUGGGCUGAUGAUGAAGAUUUUGAGGAAGCUUACGACUUGACCAGGGAUCCUUGGCAAUUGAAUAAUACUGUUGCCUCCCUUCCUCCAAGUCUUCAUAAGAAGCUUCAUAACCUUCUUCGUAAUCUCCAGCGUUGUCGAGGCCCACGUUGCUCAGAUUUAGCUGGCUUUGUGGUGUAGAUAAGUUGUUAUGAAUAAAGUUUGUAUACAUCUGCUGCAAUGGUUAAAUAAUCCCAGGGAGGUACAUAAGAGGAAGUGAGGGAGCACUGUAAGCCUAAUGCAGACACUCCCUGUUUCUUACCUGUCCAUUUCUUUUCCUCCCUCAUUACAUAUAGUUAGUCUGCAUUCUCAAGCCUUAUUCUUCUAUUCACACUAAAGUGCAUGUAACUGUAAAACACCUACACAAUCAUAAAAUCAGAAUUAUCUUGAAAAAUGGCUUAAAGGGAAAGCAGCCUCAGUUUGUAUCAGAAGCCCACAUUUGUCCCAUGGCUUGGCCAUUAGGUGAUGACUUGUGAUGUCUGAUGCUUCCUCCAGCUUUCUUUAUAUUAUUUUUAACAUUAUUGAUGUUCAUAGAUCUAAUUUUUCAAUCCAUGAAACAUAAUCUCAAUUCCUUUAAGCCUCACCUAUUUCUCAGUGAAACUGAGUUAUCUGAGAUGAUUGUAAGAUUAAACGAGUACUUACCAAGUAUGAAGUUUGAUCGCAAUUUCACGAACAUUUAACGAUGUCAUGGUGGUAUACAAUGAGAUGUCCUGCUACCUAUCCAUCGUCAGUCCAUUGAGAGAGUAGGUUUGAGGAAGUAGCCAGAAAGAACUGCAGGGGCUGAGACCCCGAAGUGAGCAUGACCAGAAAGGGCUGGGAGGGAGGGCAUUGUUUACCACCGUGACGUCGUUAAAUGUUCGUGAAAUUGCGAUCAAACUUCAUACUUGGUAAGUACUCGUUUAAUCUUACAAUUUCAUGUCACAAUAUUUAACUGAUGUCACGGCGGUUCCAAUGAGAGCUUUAGAGAGGUUCCUCAAAUCUAAAAAGAGCACUCAGAGAGUAGAAAGAGCUAGAAAUGGAACUAUGGAGACAAAACACACAAGAAGAAUAGGAAAGCAAACUGUAUUUCAAAAUCCCAACAGUAAGUCACAACAGACAAAGCACAACAGCAACAGACAACACUGUAUGACAGCAGACAAACGCAAUACAUAAGACAAGGACUAUAAUCCGGUGUAGCAUAAUAGUUUAUGUCAGAGGAUAUCCAUAAUAUGCAAUACAAAAGGAACACACCUGUAAAGCACAACAUACGAGUAUGUUGAAAUUACAAACACAAAAUUUUAUAUUUAAUAGUACCAAAAAGACCCACAGGGGUAAGAAAAGAACCCCAAUAAUUAAAAAAACUAUAAUAGUGGAACAGUUCCACCGUUAUAGGUAAUUCAUCCCUAAACCAGAAGGGAGCCCAAGGAUCCCCAUAAGUCACCCCAAGCCUGGAAUUAAGCCAGACACCCUAGGGUAAAACGGCCCUCGCAAACUGUCCAUGUUGAGUGAGAGGCUUGUGGCAGUGGCGUGUAAAUGUAGACUCCCUCGCCCAACCAAUAGUGGAGAUAAUCGUUGACAAAGGCAACACUAGGGCCGCCUUGCUGGAUGAUGCUGACCUAGUAGAAUGGGGAGAAAACACCGUAAGGUCAAUGUCAGCUGCUCCCAUCACAUCUCUCACCCAACGACGCAAAGUGUCCCGAGAAGCCAACCGUACUGGGGGACGUGUAGUCAAGAAAAAGCCAGUAAGCUCGCCUCGGAUGGGCUUAGUUCUAUGAAGAUAAUGUUUUAUAGUGUGCACAAUACACAAUCGACUGUCAUGUGGAUAUGCUUCAAAUACUAACCCUGAGAGAUGGACCCCUGGACGAGAAGUUUUCAAGAGAUCACCAAUCCCAAACACAGCCUGAGACUCAGAAAGACUUAAGUUGCGAAUAUCUAGCAAAUGCUAGGUUUGGCUACGCUGGCCUGACAACAAGAGCAUAAGAAUGACCAAUUUUCUGGAUAAGUGAAGGAGUGACAAAGCCUCAGUGAAGCCAAGACUACAGAUAUAAUCUAAAACCAGUUGAGGGUCCCAAGUCACAUGUGUACGAGAAAAAGAUGGUCGCUGUAGAAAAACUGCCUUCAUAAACCAAGAAACCAAAGGAUGCUGGCCCGCAGGUCGGUCAGCAAUUGUGGCAAUGGCAGAGAUGGCAGACUGGAUGGUGUUCAUAGUGCUGUACCCACGGCCUGGUUCCCAGUUAAAUUCUGAUAAAAUAUACUCUAAAAGGAUCAGUCGUCCUGCCGAGACAAAAUAGCAACCAUUUGUGGUUGCUAUUUUGUCUAUGUUGUGCCUAUGUUGUGCCUUAGUGCUUGCUCUCAUUGAGUGAAGGAAAAAUUGGGCAACUUCUGAUGAAAUGCCGUGACAUGUGAAGGCUGUCCAGAAAGCAGCAUCGCUGUCAAGACCAUCUUGUUAGCUCGGGGGUGUGUGAGAGUUGGCUGCUGAGGGAGAACAAGAGGGCAGAGUGGUAGUAAAACUGGUGUGGCUACCAAUAACUGAAGGGCUGUCGGGAACCACACUUGUGUCGGCCAUAGAGGGAGAAUCAUCAAAACUGUCGCACCAUCGUCCUGCAGUUUUCGCAGCCCUGAAAUCCACACUGAAAGGUGGAAAAGCAUGUAAACUUUUACCACCCCAGUCCAGGGUGAAGGCAUUAAUGUCCAUAACAGAUGGGUCAGGUUUCCAAGAGACAAAAGCAGGUAAUUGAGCAUUAAUGCGGGUGGCAAAAAGAUCUAUCUCAGGAGUAUAAAAUCGCUGACAAAGCUGUAGCAUCCAUUCACUAUCCAUUUUGCUGACUCUAGAUUCCAUGUCAGCUAUCACAUUGGAGACACCCUGCACAUGCGCUGCAGACAAGGAAAUACCCCGAGAUGCUGCCCAUUCAAAAAUCUGCUCAGUAAGCGCCUGAAGUGUAGGUCUCAUGCUACCACAACGAUUAAUACAGGCAACAGCUGUGGCAUUGUUGGAGUGGAGCCGGAUAUGAGAGCCUGUCCGAUCCUUACAUAGGGACUGUAAGCCCAAGAGAAUACCUUUCAACUCCAGAGAAUUAAUGUGAUCCAGCUGCACAUGGGCCCAGUGACCUCCAGUUUUAACAGCCCCCAUCGAAGCACCCCAACCAGUCAGGCAGGCAUCCGUGAACAGCUCACAGUCUGGGGGAGAAGGGUGAAUCGACCUCACCUGAGAAUCGACAUUAGUUACCCACCAAGUAACUAAAGUCCAGGCAUGAGUAUCAAAGAGAUACGGGAAUGGUAAUUUCCACAAGACUGAGAAAGACCUCUGUUACGUAGGAUUUCCAGGUACCUGUAACGGAGAGGAGCUAGCUCCACUGCAGGGCCAGCAGCCACCGCUAAACCAAUAAAAGAAGACAAAUUAAGUAAAGUUAUAUCAUCUUUGAGGAGGAGUAAGCCUUGUUCUUUGAUGCGCUCCUUCCUGGAGGAUGACAAAGUGACAGUCAUGGUAACAGAGUCAAGAACCACGCCAAGGAAAAUAACUCUCUGUGUAGGUUCCAAAACUGACUUCUGCACAUUAAUAGUGAGACCCAGAGAAUCCAAGAAAUGUAAGGCAUAGCCUACCUGAGCCUGCAAAAUAUCUGGAGAAGGGGCAAUAAAAAGACAGUUAUCUAAAUAACAUGAAACAACUAUUCCAAGGGACCGUAAGUGGGAAAGAACAGGCUUCAUUAACUUAGUAAAAGUGCAAGGAGCAGAUGAUAACCCUUGAGGGAGGCAAGUAAAUCUAAAAGGACGGCUCUUCCACAGAAACUGGAGCCACUUCCUAUCCUCAGGCUGAACAUAAAUGGAGAAAUAUGCAUCCUUGAAGUCCACUAUAGCAAAAAAGCAAUUAGGGAAGAUGAGCGGUAACACAUCUCUCAGUGUGUCCAUCUUAAAGUGAAAAUAAGGAAUAUGAACAUUAAGGUCCUUCAAAUUUAAAAUAAUCCUUGCUGGCCCAGUAGGCUUAAUGAUGGGAAAAACAUUAGAAAAGAAGCCAUGUGCCCCAGGAACACAAGGGUCCACUAUAGAGUGGGUAAGGAACCAACACAAGGCAUCAUCCAGGGCUUGAGCAUCAGUGUGAGAUAGAGUUAGAGGACGUGGAGGCAUGGCUUGAAAGGGUAUGGAAACAAAUUCUAUAAAUUUCCCCCUCACCACAUUAUAAACCCAUGAAUCUUGAGAGAGCAACCCCCACAGGUGCUUAGCAUAGAAAAUUUUUCCCUCCUCUAAAGUUACUAGGAGUAUUAAUUAAGCGAGGUAACCAUGAACUCACCGGUGAGCUCACUGCUGGGGUCUUGGGCCAAACAUCCUCCUCCCCUGAGGGGGACGCUGGCCUAAAAGAGGCCGGGACUGGGAGUGGCGCUGGUACUGGUGGGAAGCCUGGAAAGACCGGUGUGUCGGGCGGGAAGAGGGAGUAAACCGCCUGCCAGAUACCUUAGAAGGGCGAAACGCCAGCCGACCCAGCCGCCCUGCCCUGUGGAUCUCCUCACAUUUUUUAGCCACAUCGAAGGGGAACAAUUCAUCUUGUCCCACUUCACACUCCCAUUUACAUAAAUCUACCAUUGCCAAAUCCCGCACAUGGAUCCGGGCAGUAUCUUUUCUCAGUUGAUUAAUAUAAUUUACUGCGGAAGUGAGAAGACGCAGACAACAGUUAAGUCCAUCUAAGUAGCAGUGCAAACUCUUACCUUUCUUUUCCCCAAUAUCAUUUACACAAACUGCAAUAGGGUUUAAGGCCUUAGACAGCAGGCCAUUAGUCUGGAAGAGCUUACCGUUUACAAGCCUCCCAUGCAAACUCAUGGCCUUAGUUAUGGCAGGGUUGGUCACAGGCACCAACAGGUUCGGGACGUUACUCAGUAGCUUGAUCGACACACAGGUUGACUUCACAUUGUCUGCCUGUGGACGACAACGAAGGCUGGAGUUGAGGAUGGUGGCCAAGCGAGCCGACAGAGGCUCACCCUUCUCCUCCUCACCAUAGAAGUUGCCAGAGAAAUCUUACAACACCUUCGUGAAGUCCUCAUCCACCGUCUCAUCAGGGGCAAGCUGGUCUAAGUCAUCAAGAGGGUCUGGCUGACUGGCCUGAAUCUGUCCCUCCUCUUCCUCAGAGGAAGAGAGAGGGACCAGUAACCGGCGACUCCACAAGUUGCGCAGGAACUUUGUCCAGUCUGUCAAUAAGGCCAGAAAGGAGGGUAGAGAGUCGGUCCAUGGCUGCAUUCUCCCCAGACACAGACGGGAACUCGGCCGACGUGGCAACAUGGCAACAGGUGAGGGCGGGGAAGCACACAGCUGGCGAGGGGCAGAAACCUCCAUUGACGACCGGCUCCUUUUCCCCGACGAAACUAAACCGUCCAAUUCCCCACUGCUACGCUUUUUCCCACCCGACGACGAAGAACCAGAACACCGGGGUGUGUGGUAAGCGGAUCCCAGGCCAGACAUCACACUGCUCACUAAAGAGACAGAGGGGAUCAGGCAGGCGCUAUUUGUUAUCAUGAUAGGGCGGCAGGAAGCCAGCCUCUGCGCCAAACUGUAUUGUAUAAAAACAUAUUGCAGUAUAAGAGAAACCCGUAGAACAUCGAAGUCACUUUCAUCCACAGUCCAAAUAGGACUGAAAGGGAGGAGGCACACCAAGCGGAGCGCGAGCAGAGUUGAAGUGGACUGCGUGGAGGUAGACAGCGAACUGAUUGACGAUGGAUAGGUAGCAGGACAUCUCAUUGGAACCGCCGUGACGUCAGUUAAAUAUCAUGACAUGAAAUCCUAUUCCUUCCUACUUUCUCUCUCAUGAUUUUCAAAUAAAAGUGGAUUGUUACAUUUAUGUAGACAACAUUUUGGCUCAUUCUCAUUCGCUGCUUUUGAAUAUUAUGAAUUUUCUACCAUCUGACAGAUUCGAGUGUCAUUGAACCCCUAAGAUGCAUGGAUUUUGUGCAUGUCUCUCCCCACACAUGAGGGACUUGACAUUUUCCCCAAAAUAAAUAUUUUCAUUCAUCAGUUAUGCACCUCUCCACAUCUUUAUCAUGUUUAACUAAAUGGCAGUAGGUAAUAACAGAUCAGAGUACAUCUUUUGUCUUCAAAAUGAAAAAAAAAAAAAAAAAAAUCUAGAUUCAGAGGUGUAUCUGUGACUUUCAGCAUGAGGAUGUGCUGUGUUUAUAUGACUGCUUCAGUGUGGGGUAUGGGGAUAGCUUCCAAGUCAAUUUUCAUUUUAAUCAAUGUGUUCUUAUUUCCUUAAUGCAACUUCCUUAUCUCUCUUUCAUUCUUCCCAUCUUUUCAUCCUUUUUUUCCUUCCAUCCUUUCCUUCUCUCCCUUCCACCUAGUAAGGCAUGUGCAUUUGUUUAUGAAUAAACUACAAUAAUGAAUAUCACUGUGAAGCUUUUUUUAUCACUAUUCAUUCACUAGAUGUGAAAGUCUUUAUUUUCAGUGUCUUCAGUGUUUCUGACACCAUGGGCAUUAUGAAUAUGUUCAAGAAUGCCACUAGAGGAAGAUUACAAUACAUCAGGGUCAAUUUGCCAUUAUAUCAUAAAGUACUAAUUAUUCAAAACAGCUGUCUUCACUUUCUUCUCCACUAACAGAACUUCCAUGACCAAGUAGAGUAAAAGCUAGUUCUCACUCGAUGACACUUUCUCAAAGUGGUCUCUCAUAAGAAAUCCAAGUCAAUGAAUCACAUGAGGAAAAAUCUAAAACUGCAUGUGUAGGGAUAACUGUGGCUACCAACACACUGAAACUUUUGGUGAUAUGUUGUGUGAAUUUCCCAUAGUCAGUUAAAAUUACACUUGCCAAGGCCAGAACAUCUAUACAUAUAUGAUACCUGCAGUAUAUGUAGCACCAAGCUGCCAUUAUUUAUAUUUGACACCUGCAGCUUAUGGAUUACCAUAAUGGUAGUAAAUUUAUCUGGGCUGUGUAUCUUUCACUUAACUUAUUCAGUUCUUUCUGUGUAACUGCCAAAGUGAAGUAUAUUUUUGACCUAUUUUUCCCUUACCAAAAUCUCCAUUUUAGGAGAUUUUCAAUCAAUAUAGCUUCCACAUGUUUCUUCUUUAUUCUUACUAAAACAGCUCCAAGCACACAAAUUUAGAAUAGAACAGCCAGGGCAGUAAGGGUUUUAACCCCCAUCAGGUUUCAGCCUGGAUCGGGGCAGAAGUAUUUCUCACUCUCCCAUCCCUAAAAUUCUAGUAUGGAUAGCUUUAUAUUUCCUAUUUGUAUUAUCAUCCAGCAGUAUGUGACAUUACCAUGAUUGACAAUUUUUUGGUACAGAUUAUGUAUUUACUAAAUAUAAAUGGGCUUUAUACUCAAACAUCACAGGAAUAUGUUUAGCCACUGCUCAACCUGCUGUCUGGUGGGCUGGAGGUUUUCUGCAGUCAUUUGGCUGUUUUAUAUUCCACAACUAAUGUCUGAUGUAUGAUUCUGAUAGAAGGUUAGACAGACAAUUCACUAAGUUUCCAGAACUUGUAAAGGAUGCUAAGAAAAUACCUGAGUUGCAUUUCUUAAAAAAGUUAUGUGUUUGUGUAGUUGUGAUAUCAUGAAAGCCUCUCCAGCCGGGAUUAGCAUGUUUUCAGAAGUGACUAAGAUGGUGAAACUGUUCAUGAUGCUACCAGUCACAAGAGCUAGCCUACAGGUGAAAAGUGGUUUUCUUCCUUAGAACAACAUCGACUCAAAAGAGAUUGAAUAAUAGUACCAUGUUUUUACACUGCCAUAAAGCUUUGACAAAUAGUACUGAUCUGAUAUCUGUAGAUAAAGAUGUUGUUGCUACAAAUGACUUUUUUUACUCCAAACAGGUACAUAUACAUUCAAGUUUCAGCAAAGCUGAUUUUGAUUUUUUUCCAUUACAAUCAUGUGAGUGAAAGAUGGGUACUCCUAUCUACCAACAAGUGCCUAAGUAUGCAUACCUGUAAAUUGGGUUAUACAAGCCAGGAUCUAGCUUUUUAUGCCCUAAUAAAGUGUUCUGUUUA